CUGAGACCUCGUCCAGAUAAGACGAUCUAUUCGUGACCUGUUCCUACACUCCUGCGCAUGCGCUGCAUAGAGAAUAAAUCAUGUAUCAAAGCGACGAAAACGAGAUUAGGAAGGUAGAUGCCAGUGCUUUGGUAUGUAUUGCGUGUGAUAUGUGGAGAAACAUGCCAUGAGCCGAUGCAACCAAGGUGAUAAAUGUCCACGGAUGCUGCAAUCGAAGUACCUAGAUCCCUCCCCCGUAAGCCGCCUGCGGCCCGGGAGAAGCCCGUCCGCCCCCAUAUGCCGCCUGCGGAGCGGGCGAGGCUCGGUCACCGGCGCCAAACGCAGCCUGUGGGCCCGGCGAUGCGCGACCGCCGCCGUAGGCUGAUUGGGGGCCCGGCGACGCGCGCCCACCGUAUGCCAUCUGCGGUCCAGGCGAUGCGCGCCCGCCAUACGCCGCUUGGGGCCCAGGAGACGCGCGACCACCGUACAGCGACUGGGGACCCGGGGACGCGCGUCCAGCCAUUUGGGUCAUUGGGAUCGCCUCAGACUGACCCCACUCCGCGGGUGCCGGACCAUUGGCGUCAUUAAACGUUUGGGGCACCGGACCGCGAUAUGGGUCAUAGUACGCGUUCAUCGCAUUCGGGUCAUCGUGGUAUGGCUGAUUGUUCGGAUCGUUGCGUGGAAGUGCAGGGACCGCGUAUGGAUCUGUGUGCAAGUCGGCUGUCGAGUCUCCGUAGGUCGUAGACGGAGCACGUGAAAGCUCGCCGUCGCCGCCGAAUCCGGUCCGUCCCGUCUCCGUGACCGGGAGUGGAUGACUGUCAGCACCCGCAGCGCUGUGCGAAUUGAGCUCGGGCCAUUUGAUGUUUUCUCCGUCAUCAAACUCGUUGUGGUUCUUGCGCCCGAAUUUCCAGAUGAGAAAGCCGACGAGACAAAGGAGCGCAGUACCUCCUGCCACCGCCAAGCCCACUAUCCCUCCGGUACUGAGCCCACUGGAACUGUCGGAGGCGGCUGCACUCGAAUUCGAUGGCGAGGGGGAAGCGCUCGUGACGGACGCAACUGGUGUGCUCGUCGUCGUGACAUCAAUCGUAAUGGUCACGCCAUUGUCCACUGUGACUGACUGAGAGACAAUAGUCGUAGGAGGUAGUGGGGACUGGGUUGUCGGUGUCGUCGGAGUCGAUAUCGGGGUUGUUGUUGUUGUUGUGGGAGAAGUGACUGGAGCUGCUGGAGUAGAGACAGCUGCGGGUGCAGAGCUCGCCGAGGUGGUAGAAGUAGUAGUCGGCGUUGUCACGGAUGGGGCAGCGGGCGUGGAUGCAGCCGCCGUCGUAGAGGGCGUUGAGACAGACGGAGCUGCUGCGGCGGCUGACGAUGCCGCGGGCGCUGAAGCGGAGACAGCGGUGAGUGAAGGAAUCGUCAGUUGCCCGCUCGCGACGGUGGCGGCCGCAAAGAGCCAAAACGUCCUUUGAAGCCGCAUAGGUGGCUGUCGACGUCGUAAAGGAUGGAAUGGAGGGUGGUGUGUGACCAGUGUGACUGACACAAUUCCUCCAUCAAGUGUUUGCGUAGCUGCGAGGCUGUACGUGCUUGACAACCCACUUGCAAGUCCGCAGUCAAUCAACUCCGUGCUGUGCAGAGGCCGACAGCGCGUAUCGCAUUUGUACAUAUACAGAUUCACAGCCGUUACAUAGAUUCCACAGCCGUUCUCUCGCUUUUUUUCGGACUGGAAUCGCGAUCAGGGUUCAGCAUCCCUUCAACCACUGUGAUCCGACCGAAACCGCCGAUGCAAGGAACGUUGCAACGCCAGGUACUUACAUAACCUGGUCAAGAUUUUGCAAGACGGCUCCAGACUUCCAGUCAAGCGUAUGUAACUCCGACGUAGAUCAUCACGAUCCAGCUCCCUUCUUAUCUUCGUGUUCGUGUCCAGGAUUCUGGAAGUCGUUCUCAAUUACCACAGCUCUCACGAGUGUCAGGGCGAGCGAACAUCCUACUGCCGCCGAGCUUGCACGUUAGGUCGCAGCUGUCAGCGUGCAUUUUCGGGAGUUGCAUUCCGCGUAAUAGAAGUCCGUGCAAGCAUCAAAGAGAGAUGCUGGGACCGAGAAAAACACAGCAAGUUAAAUUGCGAUAGCGGAGAUCUUGCACGUGAGCCUUCGAUACUUGACACGUGGACUUCACGUCAUUAUCGACGAAACGCGUGUUUCAUGCACAUGUGGAUGAUUUGUGCGUUCGGCAUUUAUAAUUCGCGCGUUCGGCAUUUGAAAAUGCGGCAGAAUUGCGAUAGAGUGAGACCCGGAUGAUGCUCAAGCUUUUGCUGAACAGUCUCUGAAUGACGAGUGGUGGAUCGAGUCUUUAACUAGAUGUGAUCAGUCAUUGGCUGCAGCUCUUGGCCGGCCACGUGCACGCCACAUCGUAGACAUUAAGCUCUCUUGAAUACAUUUCCUCAAGCGCCAGGACGAUCCAGCCUCACCGAAGGACAAGGAUGAUUUUCUCUCUUGAAUCCUAAGUUAUGGUGUUCAGGAUUCGUGCAUCAAAGAUUCGGAUGCGUCACUCCGCGUGACUGCCCAUCAAAAUUGUGGAUCAGAUGGGAUUUGUCGUUCCAAGUGACACCCCUCGCGUCGGCAAGCCAAGGGCGGGGAUGACGACGCGUACUACGUAGGAACCGGCACCAGGCUCAAGAAAUCGCAACGUACCCUCUCUCACCCGAUGAUGGCCCUGAAUCUACCUGCUUUAUAAGUGUGCGGAAGAAGGAAUACCUACAUCCGCCUACAUCCCAUGAGUCUGCGUCACCAUGCAGCUUAAUUGGUACAAUCCCGACACAGAGAUCCCUGACCUGACGGGGAAAGUGAUUGUAGUGACAGGAGGAACUGCUGGAAUCGGCCACGCCGUCAUCUGCGAGCUCGUGAAACACCAUCCAAAGCAGAUCUACUUCACUGGCCGUCCUAGGACACAGGGAGAAAAGAUUGUCGCCGAACUGUCCGCCGAGACAAUCGUCACUUUCCUCGAAUGCGACCAUUCCUCCCAAGCCUCCGUCCGCGCAGCCGCGACGCGCAUCACCGACGCAUCCGACACAAUAGAUAUCGUGUUCUGCAUCGCAGGCGUGAUGAGUGUACCGCCCGCGGUAUCCGUCGACGGGUAUGAAAUGCACAUGGCCGUCAACCACCUCGCGCACGCGCUUCUCAUCAAGAUGCUUCUGCCCAGCCUGCUGCGCGCCGCCGCACCACGCGUGGUGAUCACCUCAUCCGCUGCGUUCGGGAUGCACCCGCGCGGCGGAAUUUCGUUCGACACCCUGCGUACGCCGCAGGGAGGGCUGCUCGAGCGCGAGUGGCGCUAUGCGCAGAGCAAGUUGGCGAACAUCCUAUUCGCAGCUGAGCUGGCGCGGCGCUACCCCCAUAUCACGGCUCUGUCGACGCACCCUGGCGUCGUGCAGACCGCGAUGUUGGCGCAGCAGAACGCGCUUGUGCGCUUGUUAGGGUCGCUGAUGCAGUUCGGGACAUUGUUGACUCCGGCACAGGGCGCAUACACUCAGCUUUGGGCUGGCACCGCGAGCAAAGAUGUGAAUGGGGCCGAGAUCGUCAACGGAGAGAAAUACGAUCCCAUCGGUGUCCCUGGUGCACAAACAAAGGUGUCAAGGGACGCCGAGUUAGCAGGCCGCUUGUGGGACUGGACUGAGCAGGCCAUAACACUGCAACAGUAG